AUGCAUCAUCCAGGCACUCACCUUCUCGCAAGAAAUGUUGCCCCAAGACCAGCAUCGACCCGGCGUGCCUUGCCGCACAAGAAGGUCACGCCCGAGACCAUCGACGACGCCUAUGCCCAGUUCAUCCUCUACUGUAACCCGGGUGUCCCUCCAGAAACCGACACCGCAGUCUUGAGAGAUGCCUUCAAGGUCCCACCAAAGAGCGGAGGCAAGUCAUUCAGCACUUACACACUCUUCGAGUUGAUAGGGCUCUUCCAAAUGAAGGAAAUCAAGACCUGGGCAGAUUUGGCAUUGCAACUAGGGGUCGACCCGCCGGACCAGGACAAGGGACAGAGCGCGCAGAAGAUCCAACAAUACGCCGUCCGGCUGAAGCGGUGGAUGCACUCGAUGCAUAUUGAUGCCUUCUUCGACUACCUUCUUGGCAACCCUCACCCAUACUGGACGGAGAUCCCCACAGAUCCGAACCCAGUACUAGAAGAAGGCCGUGAUGGGGUGGCAGCAGAGGACGACAUGGCCUUGAGGUCACUUCUACCACAGAUUAGGCCACGUAGGGGGAGGAAGCGACCGGAGAACGAAGAUUCGAGCAGCACAGUCGUACUCUGCAAUGACGCCCUCACCUGGGAAUGGAGCACAGAUGCGCUAAUUAUGGAGGCCUUCGGGACGGCAAAUCAUAAUUAUAUCCCUCUUCAGGAGCAGCAACAGCAACCACGACACCACCAUCAGCAUUAUCAGCAGCAGCACUCCCUCCCAGGCGUGUCUACCACGAUGUCACCAAAUGACCCUUUCACAUAUGCUCCGACGACCCAACAGUUCGAUCAAGGCCAAAGCCCAUCAUCUCAACGUCAAGAAGCAACCGAAGUCCGCAAGGGAAUCCGGUUCUCAGACCCCACCGACCGAACCAACCUUGAUGCGCUCGAAUCUUUCUUCAUAUAUGAUAUAGUAGGAGCGGACUGGUUCGACUCGACCGGUACCCAGAUUCCGGCAGGCAACGUCGACGAGGCUGCAGGCAUCUACCAACAAGUCAUCGAAGACGUUAUGAAAGGCGCGGCCAGCAACGAGACGUUCUUAAUCAACGUGGCAGCGCUCAUCGGCGGCGGCCUACUCAGGAGCGGCAGGAGCGUCAAAGUGCACAAGACGGUGGGCGGGGACGGGUCCAGCGUGUACGACUGCAAUUGGGAGCUGCAACUCGGGGACGUCAAGGGUGCCUACAGCAUCCGCGUUGCGCUGCCGCAUGGCAAGUGGAGAGGUCACAGAGGCACAAAGAGCAAGGAAAAUAACACACUCGGCACAACGGGGGAUGAUGAGGACGCCGAGGGGAAGAGGACGACAGCGAACUGGCGGAAAGGGGCGAGGACGACGACGAAGAAGGGGGCGAUGACGGGAUAA